GAGUAUAAAUGUACAUAAUGCAUGUUCUUAUUUUUACAGUCUAACUUUACUUCACAGAAUAUAAGAGCCGUAAGAACAGACAUCAUGUAUCUACAAUGUACGGUGGUCUAUUUCUUGGUUUGUGUGGUGGCAUUUUCUGGCGCUGAGAUUCUAAUUCGUGGGACGGAGACCGCUAGAGUUGGAUCACAGGCCCGUCUCCAGUGCAUAGCAAGAGACUACGAUAACCAACCACGAAAGAUAAGUUGGUUCCACAACGGGCGCCUCGUUCUGAAAUCUAGCAGAAACACCAUCACGGAGCUAUUCAAUGAAAAUAAAAACGGCUACACUUUGAGCGAGCUUCAGAUUCCCGAGGUACGAAAAGGGGAUGCCGGGAGAUACGUGUGUAAAACGGACAAGAAGCACCAAGCUAGUCUUUAUCUUACUGUUAACUGACACAUAAGCAAUACACAAUGAUAUCUG